CAUAAAUAUUUUUCAACUAUGCCAUUUGAUGAUAAAUAAUGCAACUGGCUGGCGAUAGCGAGGCCGGCAGUAUGCCCACCAUCAUCACCACAAGCACAAGCAGCAACAGCUUCUUGCAAGGAAUCGCUCGCAAGGCGGUCACAGCUGCAACAACGACCAAAGAUCGACUCAUUUCCAUAGUGGAGACGGACCCGCCCGCGGGCAGCAAUAUGGACCCUAGCGCCGCAAUGACAACCACAUCGAUAACCGCAACAGCAAGAGCAACGGCAACAGCAGCAGCGACGGCGACAGCGACAGCGACAGCAACAGCAACAGAGCUCAGUCCGUCUGAUGUGCUCAAUGCGAGCUUUGAGGCCACCACAGCUGUCGGCAUGGACACAGUUAAGACGGCAGCAGCGGAGGCCGGACUCCCCCUUCCGGCGUGGAACUCGUCGCUGGCCACCAACUAUGACAACUGCUCGGCUAUGUUUGCCAAUUACACGCACCCGCAGACAGGACUCUAUUGCAACUGGACUUGGGACUCGCUGCUCUGCUGGCCCCCAACACCCGCUGGUAACCUCGCCCGCAUGAACUGCCCCGCCGGCUAUCAUGGAGUGGAUACACGCAAGUUCGCGAAUCGGAAAUGCGAGCUGGAUGGUCAUUGGGGCGGACGACCCAACGAAACGGAACCCAACUACGCCGGCUGGACGGACUACGGGCCAUGCUACAAGCCGGAGGUCAUACGCCUGAUGCAGGAAAUCAAGGAUGUGAACCUCUACAUUGACAUUGCGCAACGGACACGGACACUGGAGAUCAUUGGACUAUGCCUGUCCCUGCUCGCCCUCAUCAUCUCGCUGGUGAUAUUCUGUGCGUUUCGCUCGCUGCGCAACAAUCGCACCAAAAUCCACAAGAACCUGUUCAUUGCGAUGGUGCUGCAGGUGAUUGUCCGACUAACCCUCUACCUGGAUCAGUUUCGACGCGGCAUUCAAUACAAUUCAAGUCUAUCGGCUAUCGAGAAUACGCCCUAUCUGUGUGAGGCAUCCUAUGUACUGCUCGAGUACGCACGCACCGCCAUGUUCAUGUGGAUGUUCAUCGAGGGCCUCUACUUGCACAACAUGGUCACCGUCGCUGUAUUCCAGGGUAGCUUUCCGCUCAUCUUCUUCUCGCUGCUCGGCUGGGGCAUGCCCGUUGUGAUGACCUUUGUGUGGGUGCAGUGCACGGCCAUCUUCAUGGACACCGCCCUCGGCGACUGCAUGUGGAACUACAACCUAACGCCCUACUACUGGAUCCUGGAAGGACCUCGCCUGGCCGUCAUACUGCUAAACUUCUUCUUUCUGGUCAACAUCAUACGAGUGCUGGUGGUGAAGCUGCGUCAGUCGCAGGCUAGCGAUAUCGAGCAGACCCGGAAGGCAGUCCGGGCGGCCAUUGUGCUGCUGCCUCUAUUGGGGAUUACGAAUCUAUUGCACCUGGUGCCUGCACUGAAGACAGCUUGGAAAUUCGCCAUCUGGAGCUAUGUGACCCACUUUCUGACCUCCUUUCAGGGCUUCUUCAUUGCGCUCAUCUAUUGCUUCCUGAACGGCGAGGUGCGCGCUGUGCUGCUAAAGAGUCUGGCCGUCUGGAUGUCGGUGCGCGGACAUCCGGAGUGGAUCCCGAAGCGUGCGUCCAUGUACUCAGCUGCCUAUAACACAGCGCCGGAUACGGAGCCACCGGCACAGCAGUCGGUAGAGGCGCUGUCCUCCAACAUACGGAUCUCGCCGCAAAGCAGACGCCUCAAUUGCCGUAAGGCCAGCAGCGUGAUCAUCGUCAUUGCCAAUGAGCCGCAACGUCAGCGAUCUGUCCAGCAGCGCAACAACAACAACACGGCGAAUGGGAACGGCAAUCAAGGCAAGGACGAACCGGCAAGUGGCUCCGCUAGGUCCGGCCAACGGAUCAGAAGCAAGGAGACGCCGGAGCAAGGUCGCAGCACGGGCAACUGGAUGUUCAGUCUGUGCUUUCACGGCCAAAAGGUACUGAGAGUACCGCCAGCGUCAUCCGUACCACCCGAGUCAGUUGUAUUUGAGUUGUCAGAGCAGUAGGCCAAAAAACCGUAGUUCUAGCCAACUAUAUAUAGAAACUUAGCAACCCCGUAGCACAACCCCCAACCCACUUAGUGACUAGCCUCGACUUUGGUCACAAACUCUCCGCAUAACUUAUCAACCUUUCAGCUUACAUGCACAGAACAUCCACCCGAACUAUGCUAGAGAUGGGCGCAUCUCGAGCAUGACUAAACACGAUCGCAUGCCCUGAUCAAUAGGCAUAUGGCCUAUUGUCUAGUGGUAUUUGUCGUGCGCCCAUCUCUGAAUGCUAUCAACUUUUGUAUGCUGUAAAAAUUGCCUAGCCUAAUUAGUCUUAACCACGAAUUACACACGAAACACGCUUAUUUGCGACUGCUUGGCUCGAGUUGAGUUUGUCCCAGCGACAGUUCACUGUACGCUGUCCACCACACACAUAUCUUAUACACCCAUAUGCUUGACUCCGACCUGUACACCUGACUAUAUCCUCAAGAUCGCCAGCCAUCAACAGGCCCCAAGAAUUCUUUGUAUCUUAUUACAUUCUAUUCUAAUCCCACAAUUAUGCCCAGGAUCUUGGACAGCAUGUCGAUUAAACCAAAGAAAUCCCUAAAUAUUUCAUUCAAAAUAAAACUAAUAUUUUAAUAGUGAUCAGUGUGACCGGAGUACCAUUUGACUUUAUCACAAUUAUAUUGCAUUUUCGGAGCUCAUUUGUAGUUAAACUCAUGUAAAUAUGUAUAGACGUAUAGUACAUAUAAGAAUUUUUAUUGUAUAUCUCGAUCAAUUAUCGAUUUAAGUUAGUAUAUAGUAGUUGAGUUUUGGUAAAACAAACAAUAUUACAAUAUAGUA